UCACACUUGCUCACUCUCCCACGCCAAACUUCUCCUCCUCUCCGAAGAACUCCUCUCCAAGCCCCAAACAAGAAAUGGCCACCGGCCAAGAUCUCCUCCGUCGAUCCCACCCCGCCGCUGACGAGGACCCCGACCGCCUCCUCGUCGCCGCCGGCGAGGCCGAGAAGCCCCGCCGGGCGAAGCGCGUCGCCUCGCUCGACAUCUUCCGAGGCCUCACCGUCGCGAUGAUGAUCUUGGUGGACGGAGCGGGGGGCGAGUGGCCGGUGAUCGGACAUGCGCCGUGGAAUGGCUGCAACCUCGCCGAUUUCGUGAUGCCCUUCUUUCUCUUCAUCGUGGGGAUGGCCAUUCCCCUCUCUCUCAAGAGGAUACCGAACCGACUUCUUGCUGUGAGGAGGGUGGUGGUCAGGACGCUCAAGCUGCUGUUUUGGGGCAUCAUCUUGCAAGGUGGAUACUCCCAUGCUCCUGACAAACUAUCAUAUGGAGUUGAUAUGAAGCACAUAAGGUGGUGUGGCAUCCUCCAGCGAAUUGCUCUUGCAUACUUGGUAGUAGCAUUGUUGGAAAUUUUAACAAAGGAUGCAAAAGUUGGGGAUCAACCAUCUACACCAUGCUCAAUAUUUAAGUUAUGCUGCUGGCAAUGGAUUCUUGCUGCAUGUAUUCUUGUGACCUACCUGCUAGUAAUUUAUGAGACAUAUGUUCCUGACUGGGAGUUUACAGUGCACAAUACCGAUAGCCAGGACUAUGGGAAGGUCUUCACUGUGGCAUGCGGUACAAGGGGGAAAUUGGAUCCUCCUUGUAAUGCUGUUGGUUAUAUUGACCGACAAGUGCUGGGCAUCAACCACAUGUAUCAGCAUCCAGCUUGGAAGAGAUCUAAGGCAUGCACUAAUAAUUCUCCUCAUGAGGGACCUUUCCGUAAGAAUGCUCCUGCAUGGUGCCAAGCCCCAUUUGACCCUGAAGGAAUCCUAAGCUCAAUGUCUUCUAUUUUGACAACAAUCAUUGGAGUGCAUUAUGGACAUGUGCUUGUGCAUAUGAAGAGUCAUCUAAAUAGACUAAAGCUGUGGGUUCCGAUGGGCCUGGCCCUCCUCAUUUUUGGAAUUAUUCUGCAUUUUUCACACGCAAUUCCCCUAAACAAGCAAUUAUACAGUUUUAGCUAUGUUUGUGUUACAGCUGGAGCAGCCGCAAUAGUUUUCUCCAUUUUUUAUUUCCUGUUUCAUGUCAGUUAUGCAUCCUCAUUGAUGUACAUGAAAGUAUGUUGUGCUUCGUGUGUCAUGGCCACCCACUCCUUGUUCAGGGUUGACAUUUUGGGUUUGCGCACUCUCUUUCUGCCACUAGAGUGGAUUGGUAUGAAUGCAAUGCUUGUGUUUGUAAUGGCUGCAGAAGGCAUAUUUGAAGGUUUCCUCAAUGGGUGGUAUUAUGAGAGCCCUAAUAAUACACUGGUUUACUGGAUUCAAAAGCACAUAUUCAUCAAAGUGUGGCACUCACAAAGGGUGGGCAUUCUCCUCUAUGUAAUCUUUGCUCAGAUCUUGUUUUGGGCACUUGUUGCAGGUGUUCUGCACCAUCUGGGCAUUUAUUGGAAAUUGUAAUGCAUCGAAGUGGUGCCUGUAAAUAACAUCAUUCCCAUUGGCUAUAAGUUUCUAUCAUUAAUAGAACUGAGCUGUAUACUAUGUUGUUUUCCCCCAGUCCUAAGCAUGGAUAGAUGUUUUACAUGAAAGAGUGCAUUGUAAAUAUAAACAUUGUGAGUGACAAAGCUUUCAACUUCUGCGUCAAGAAUUUCAUCCGAAGAUCCCUAUUAUUAUCUUUCA